CGCACCCCGCCGCCACCAUCAUACCCACUGCACUACACCCCUACAUCACCGCCACAUUCAUUUCAACCCCAAACGGAAGACAUUUUUGCUAUGAAUGAGGUUGUGCCCGAAACAUUAUUUGAGGAGUCAAGCCGUGAAAAAGAAUUAAAAAAGAGGUUCCACAGACCCAAGAAGAACAAACACCAACAAACCAUGGAUGCUACAAGCAGAGGAUGUGUUGGCGAGAGCUUGAGUUAUCAUCUCUGAAGACCCCAUAAAAGAGUCAAUAAGGCUUGUGGGGAUGGAAAGCAAAGAAGGAGUUAUUAUCUUCCGGCACCAAGGGCUCAACGAGAUUUGAUCUACGGUCGAAAAUUCCAAAUCUGAAACACCAGUCUACGGAUGUUCAUGUUCUGUUAUCCUUGUAUUUUCCAAGAUGCGCAUGAGACACCAUUGCCCUACAGAUUCUAUUUUCACGUUUCGGAGAAAUGGAUAUAAAUACUAAUGAUCAACAACCAAAGCAAGAACGCCUAAGAAGGAGAUGGACACCGUCCCUUGAUAAGGUGUUUGCGGAACUUGUUGUUGAGCAGAUUCGGCUGGGAAAUCGGCCAAACAAUGUUUUUGAUAAGAAAACUUGGAAUUGCAUACGGAGUGAAUUUAACAGAUUGACAAACCUCGAUUUCAACAACAAUCAGUUGAGGAAACACCUUGAUGUACUCCGGACACGUUACUAUGCUUUCAAGUCAUCUUCAUCUGGUCAAAAUGAUUCUUUGGUGGAUCCUUGCUUUGAUGGUUUUGAUCUUUGGGAAGACAUUGUGGGUCAACCGAAGCCGGAAACAAGCAAGAUCAAGGAGUGCCCAGUCUAUGAGGAAUUAUGUUUGAUUUUUGAAGAACCUGAUGCUGAUGGCAAGUAUGCACAAUCAAGUCACUAUGGAGAAUUGGACAAAUCAGCUGUUGCAGUGGCAGUAGAUCAUCACACCUCUUUUAUAGACAGCGAAAAUGCGUCCCCCAUGACCCCACUCCCUCUGACAUCCUUCCCCGGAUCCAUGGGGGGUAAGAGUGGAACGGAGAAGAAAAGAAAGCGUCUCCCUGAGGAUUCAGCUGAGAACAGCAGGGAUGAUGGUGAGAUGAUCAACGUUAUCUCUCAAACCUUACAGGAGAUGAUAGCUUCAUCAAAGAUGGUGGUGGGUUCACUUGGCUAUGGUCCUCCACUCCAAACCGACAAAAAGUUCACUAUAAGUAAGUGUAUACAAGCCUUGGAUGAUAUAGAAGGCAUACACGACGCCCUCUACUACCCGGCUCUUGACUUGUUUGAGGAUCCAACUCUGAGGGAGAUGUUUCUCUCUCUUCAUAGCAGCGUACGCCUGACUUGGUUGCAGGGCAGGUUGACUAAUUUUUUCUCUGAUUGAGUCAGGAGACACCACCAUUGAUAUUUUUUUUUUUCAGUAUAGCAAAGGAUCGUGAGCUGCGCUGGUAUAUACACCCUGAUUCUAGUGGCAGGUAGCAGCAUAUUAUUAUAACUUGGCAAAUUUUUUUCUUAAGUUCUUUGUUAUAAGCUUCAUAGUGUUUUUUUAGGCAUUGCUAGAGGCUCUAAUAUGAUGCUCUACAAGACCGGUUAUUAUAGAAAUCAACUACGGGGUACGUU